GUAAAUACUCAGGCACCAGCAAUUCAUUCCACAAAUGUUUAUCAGCGCCUGCUGUGCCAAGGGCUGUCCUGGACACGGUGGUCAAGCUAACAGGGCCGCGCACGAUCUCACCCUCAAAGAGCCAAGAGGAGGAACACAGCUGUCAGGACCGGAAGCGCCCUCUCCUUGCCCCUCUCCCCUCCCCCACCUUAGCCCCUCCUCCUCCAAAGCCUGCAAGACUCACGUGCCUGAGGGACCAGCCUCCGGUGGCCCCGCCCCUUCUGCUCUGGACACAGCCAAUGAGACCUCGAGGCUGAAACUCAGGCGCAGCCUGGUAGGCGCAGCCAUGUGCUAGAGGCUCCGUCCCUUCCUCUCCAGAAUAUUAGCCAAUGAGAACAAGAGGCUAGCUCCGAGGGGCGGGGCCUGGUAACGGAAAGGGGCGUGUCUUCCGGAAGCGCCUCCUCAGGCCCCUGGCGCAGGCGAGGGCGGUGUAGCUGACAGAGCCGCGCCCUGGCGGAGCAGGAGAUGGCUGACUCUGACCCUGGGGAAAGAAACUGCGACAACAUGCUGAGGAUGCUGUCAGACCUGAAUAAAGACUUGGAAAAGAUCCUGGAAGAGAUGGAGAAAAUCUCAGUGCAGGCCACAUGGAUGGCCUACGACAUGGUGGUGAUACGCACCAACCCCACCCUGGCAGAGUCCAUGCGCCGGCUGGAGGACGCCUUUCUCAAUUGCAAGGAAGAGAUGGAGAAGAACUGGCAAGAGCUGCUCAGUGAGACCAAGCGCACCCAGUAGGCCCCCAACCCCACUCCACAGCCGCCACGCCGGGUCUGUCUGUGUGCAGAGCCACGGUGGGUGGAGCCUUCUCUGCCUGCCAAAGAAACAGUGACCCAAACACACAGUUUGCAUGCAUUGCACCUGUUUCUCAAUAAACUUAUUUUCAAGCACAUCC